CAGAGCACAGAAAGAGAGAGAAAAGGGUCUUCUAUGUAUCUUGUCUCUUAAGAUCUAGGGUUUUUCAUUUCUUCUAUAUUUAUUGUACUUAGAAAAUAAAUAUGAUGAAACUCAUCACCCUUUGUCUUCUAUAGUUUAUGCCUUUCGAGGUCUCUUAUUUUGUGAUUUACACAGUUCUCUUUCUGUCCAAGCAUGAAAAAGAUAGAGAAGCAGGUAGAAGAUUCUGACACAAGACCAGAUUUUAGAGCUACCCAAAACAAAGCUCUAAACACCCAUGCUUAUGGCUUCUAAUUAAGCUCUAUUACAGAACAGUUAAGCCUUCUAAAGCCAGUCUCUACAGCCAGCUAAUUUCCAAUCAAAUAUUCAAUUAGGUGUUAAACUAUCAUGAUUAACAUGGUGGUGGAGAGCAGAACAAGUGAUUCUGAGUGUUCAAAGACAAGCUUCGAAUAUGAAGAUGAAAGUGGAGAAGAGAAUGAAGAUGAAAGUACCAAGCCUAAUAAUAAGGACACCAACAAUGGAGGAUUGAGCUCAAGCAACAGCACGGUGGAGGAGAGUGAUAAGGUCAAGUCAUCAUCAUCAGUACGGCCUUAUGUUAGAUCCAAGAUGCCAAGACUUCGAUGGACACCAGAUCUUCACCUUCGUUUUGUUCAUGCUGUGGAAAGGCUUGGUGGACAAGAGAGAGCUACACCCAAGUUGGUUCUUCAACUGAUGAGCAUUAAAGGACUGAGUAUUGCCCAUGUCAAGAGCCAUUUACAGAUGUAUAGAAGCAAGAAGAUCGAUGAUGCAGGCCAAGUUAUAGGCUCUCAUGAUCAUCAUCAUAGGCAUCUUUUGGACUGUGGAGAUAGAAAUAUUUUCAACCUCAGCCAACUUCCUAUGCUUCAAGGAUACAAACAAAUUAGCCAUAGCUCCAACUUCAGAUACGGAUUUGAUGACCCUUCAUGGACUUCUUUUGGCAACUUGAGGCAUUCUAGAGCUGGAUUUUAUGCCUUAUCAGCUGAGGCUGAAAGGAAGAUCUUAGCUAGUAAUUGGGGUAGUAGUACCAAUGCUUGCAAUUUUCCUUCAAAAAACAACAUUAGUAGUACUAUUUCUUCCAACUUGAUCAAUCAUGAUCAACACUCAUCUUGGAGAAAAGCUCAUAAUAAACUCACCAUCAAAGAUAAUGAUCAUGAUCAUCAUAAUAAUCAUCUUCAACAUCGUCCAUCUUCAACCCCUCAUCAAACUCAAUUCAACACACCCCUAAUUGACCUAAAUUCCAUUUCCCAUCUUCAAGUGAAUAAAGCGAAGGAGCUUACAAACUUUCUUACCAGUAAUAAUAAUGUUACACAUUCUGAUACAGUACUUAAUACUACUACUACUACUACAACUUCUACUUCUACUUCAAUGAAAAGGAAGGCUUCAUCAGAUUCCAAUAAUCAUCAUCAUCAGCUUGAUCUAGAUUUGUCUCUCAGACUAACUACUACUUCGAGUGAUGUUGUAAUGGAUAUUGAUCGUGAUCAUAAGAGGAAAAGAAGUUCAGGUGAUGAAGUUGAUAGUAGUUUAUUAUCUUUAUCUUUGAACUCAUCGAACUCUUCAUCAAAGCGUAGCAAAAAUGAUGAUCAUCAUCAUGGUGAGAUGCAAGCAAGGAGAGCAAGUACCCUGGAUCUGACUAUAUGAAUUAAUAUACAUGACAAUAAUUCUAAGUGAGAUCUUGAGGUACUUGUUCUAAAAUAAAUGUUAUCAGGUUUUGAUUUUUGAUUUUUAAUUUUCUUCUUUCCAAUUCUUGAGUACUAUCAUACAAAAUCAUCAAUAAAUCGAGCAUUAAUAUUAACUAUUUAA